UUUGCCUUUACAGAUAGGCUGGAAUUUGUCAGUAGAAACCAUUGACGCUUUCUUUGAACGCCAUGAAACACCUGGAUAUAAGUUUGACAUUGAUUCGAAGGGAAACGUAUUUAUAGUCGAGAUGGGAGGAAGCGAGCAUACAUCAGUUAUUGCACUACUUAUUCAUUUUUUUACUGUUCCAAAUGGAGGUAUUGGUCCUAAUGCUCCGAUAAAAUUUGGUGUUAAUUCAGGUAAGAAAAAAUUCUUUGGGUUGCUUAAUAUUUGA